UUGGUACCUGCCACGCCAGUCUCUCCCAGCCCCACCUUCAACAGUCACGUUCGAAUAGCCACACUACCACAGCUAAAUUGCCUCAACUACUCGUGUGAAGUUCGCCUUACUAAGGUCACCAUCCCUGCAGCUCCACUGUGAAACUUAAUUCACAAAUUAUUUGUGGGCUGACCUUAUAACAUGGAAGUGGAGUUCUACUGCGAAUAUCUCAAGAAGCCGUCCGGCAUUCUCAAGCUCGUCGAAAUAGUGACGGUCGUGAUUGCCUUCGGGAUACUCCGGGGCGCCGACACUCUCUUCACAAUCAGUAUGAGUGCCGACGCCACCUUCUUCGGGGUAGGAGUGUUGGUGACGGCUAUGAUCAUCACGCCGCUCCUCCUCGCCUGUUACCUCAUGGGCAAACUUGAAAUACAGAAGACGAUUUUCGAGAUAGUGUUUAACUCUCUGAUGUUUGUGUUCCUGCUUUCUGCUGGAUCUGUGGCAAUCAACACGUGGGACAAACAAUACACAAAAGUUUCGAAUAAACGAGACGCCUCACUCGCCAUGGGUAGCUUCUGUCUCCUGGCCUCCUUCGCCUACCUCGCCGACACCGUGUUUGCCGUAUUAAACUUCCGGAAAUAAACGCCGGCUCGAGGACUUAAGAGGAGUCAAUACCACGAGAAGAAGAAGUAUACACGUAAUAGUACAGUAGCGUCAAUAUAAACACAAAUCACCUCCUUUCCCAAACUCUCAAUGGUAUCUCUACUGUACCAAGACAUAAGAAACAUAGCCACGAACAAUGGUAUCUCUACUGUACCAAGACAUAAGAAACAUAGCCACGAACAAUGGUAACUCUACUGUACCA